AUGGAGGAUAGCUGUAUUGGAUUUGAAGGAUCCAAACGUUACGGUGAGAGCAAAAGAAUGGUUAUUGACUCAGUGAUCAAGUCAAUAACCGAUUCAAGCCUUAGCAGCUCUAGCUGCGGUGCUGGAUCGAGCUCCAAGAGAUCUGUAUCUUCGUUGUCAUCUCCUCCGACGAAAUCUUAG